AUGUGUAUCAUAGAACAUCCCCUCGACGGUGGUUAUGCUCAUUCGACAUUGAAAAUGGGUCAAGAUACGGAAGCUACAAUGGCCACGGCCAUCACCUCGCCCAACGGGGACACCCUUACCAGCAGCAGUACCGGCGGUGGCGCCUCUUCGCCCCUGUGCGGCAACAAGCGCAAAUAUGAGGAAAUUUCCAUGGACACACCCGCGGCACCGGCGGCCGCCACCUCCCCGGUCGACAGCGAAAUGAUCGUGGACGUGGUGGUGUACGUUAAGCAAGGCACAGACCUGGAAGGAACAGCUUCCCAGGGGCCAACGGUGGCCUCCGAAGGUAGUGACGAGGUGAACGAUGGAAUUAAGGCCUGCAAGAGCCCUCGCUACGAUGACGAAGCGAUGCCACAGGAGCAGGAGGAGGAGGAGCAGAGAGGUGGCAGUGCAAUGGAGGAGGCGGAAAGGCCGGCGGUCGUCAAUGUGAAAACUUCCGAAGGACACGAAAGUGUGCUCAGUAGUAGCUCAAAUGCCGCCCUAACGGCAACGUCGACGACGACGAGUUCGAGCAACGGAAGCAGUACGCCAUCAGUCUGCAGUCCGUUCAUAACCGCCGCCCCGACGAUCCUCAGCCCGACGGCACCGAUCCUCCUGACGACCCCGUUGCCAUCGGAGGAGAAUGCCAUCGCGAAGCUGGAAGCGGUCGCCGUGCCGGGGGAAACCAGCUGGAACUGCGAGCCCAUCGUGGACAGCAUUAGCAAGCUGCAGGCGGUAGCGGUACCGGGCGAGACGUGGGGCGGUGCAAGUGAUAGCACCCGAUCGACGCUGGCCACUACGUUGCUCGUGGCGGACGAUCUGGACGACGACGAUGACGACUUCGAGGACGAUUUCGACGACGAUGAGACGAUCCUUCCCGGCUACUCGUCGAUGCGGUACCCCUGCUCGCCGAACCGUGGCACAACGGUGGCCUCGCUCGGCGGAGUUCCCGGUGGUCCAGCCAGUGGAUACGUCACACCCGCGUACCCGAAACCGGGCUACUUCCCGGAACCGUACCAGAACUGUGCGCGUACUGGGGCGGCCAACAAUGGCGCGCAGCAGUACGCCAACCGGGGGUACGGAUGGGCGCAGCACGGCUACUACUCACCCCCGUACGAACCACCAUCCUCGCAACAGACGAUCCGGUGUGCGGAGAAUGGGAAGAGCUACUUCGAGCUCGGUUCCGCCAACUACAGCAGCGCUGGUGCGGCCGGCAUCGGUCCGGGCGGUUCUCCUAUGAACGGCCCGAUGGGAGUCGCACCGCCUCAGCAACAGCAACAGCAGCAGCAGCAGCAGCAACCGCAGGGUCCUUUCGGUGGACCCGGAGUGAUGGGCGGUCCGAGACAGCACCAUCUGAAGCGGUGCUGCGAUGGGCGCAACAUGUCCUGCAGCAACAAGCAGUGCUACAAGGAGCGCCGGCUGAAGAUGAUGAACCUUUCCAUGUUCAAGCUCGCCCGGUUCCGGCAGGCAUCCGAUCAGUCGCUCUACCGCUCGGUGCUGAUCUGCAACACGCUCAAGUCGAUCGAGCGCGAAAUAGACAACGAGAACAAAGAGUUCACCCACCACCACCAGCACCAACAGCAGCAGCAUCAACAGCAGCAACAACAACAGCAACAUCAUCAGCAUCACCAGCAUCAGCAACACUUGCAGCAACAGCACCACUACCAUCUACAGCAGCAACAUCAGCAGCAGCAACAGCAGCAGCAGCAGCAGCAUGCAGCGGGAAUGCACCAUCAGCAGUUACCACCACCACUACCGCCACCGUCCGGUGCGAACGUUCCGACGGCGGAAUACUUUGGUAACCGAGGCAUCGGAGGUGGAGCACCAUCCAACAACCGACCGUACGGUGCACAGGGCGGCGAUUCGUCCACCAUCACCAUGCAACUAUCCCCGUACGAUCAGCAGCAGCAACAGCAGCAGCAGCACCAGCAGCAACACGUGCUGCAUCCCCUGCAUCAUCACCAUCACCUGCAGCACCACCAUCAUCAUCCGCAUCCGCAGUCGCAGCAGCAGCAUCACCACCUGCACCACCACCAUCCGCUACAUCCGAUGGCACCGCAUCAUGCCAACAGCAACCCGCUGAAGGAUCCCCAGUCGGGACGGGCAACUCCGUUCCCUGCAGCAGCGGCAGCACCAGCAACAGCGACCGGUAGCAACUGUGAUAGUGGCUCGACCAGCAACAGCAAUAGUAGCAGCAGCAGCAGCAGUAGUAGUAUUAGUAGUAGUAGCACCGGCAACAGUACAACCCCAGCAAGCAGCACCUCCGCCUACCAGCAGCCACAGGUUCAUCCAUCGCUGCAUCAGCAGCACCACCACCAGCCGGAACCGAUGCAGCAGGAUCAGCAAAUGCAAUCGCUGCAUCAUCAUCACCACCACCACCAGCAACAGCAGACGCACCACGAACCGGACACGAGCGGGUUCACCGAUGACGAUUGCACCCGCCCAAUCAACUGGGGUUCGGUGUUAAGCCUUUCGUCGCAAUCCGCACUGGAUCCACUGACCGGGAACGAUCUGUUCGUGACAUCGCCGACGGGACCCGAGCCGGUCGUGUCGUCCGUCGUGGUCGUGGACAGCUGUGAUGAGGAUAGCUUAGUCGACGGUGAUGGUACUGGUGGUAGCAGUUCCUCCUCAAGCACAACCCCAAACUCCCAGAGCGGACCGCAGGUGGUGGGAGGGAGUGGAGUGGAAGGAGUCGAUGGACAGAGCGGAGGAGCAUCAACUAGGACCGUCGUCGUGUCCGGGAGUAAUCCUAAUGGAUCUGGAUCGGAUGGAGCGUCGGGUGGUGAUGCGACCGCAAUGGUUGUAGAUGGCAAUGGUGCGGACCUGGGGGUUGUCGAGAGUGUGACCAACACAACGGGCAGCAAUAGCAGUAGUGUUAGUGGUAGUAGUAGCGGAAGCAACGGAAAUAGUACAACAACGACAUCGUCCUCUACCGCCACGAACGAUGUCAACGGUGGGGAUGAUGUGGACAUGGACAGUGGAGUUUCGCAAGUGGCAGUAGCUAGUAUACGCCGCUCGCUGGAGGGUGAUCGAGGGAGCAGUGCUUCGGACGCUGAUGACGUGGUAGACCCAAGCGUCCCGGCUGCACCAUCGGCAACGGCAGCCACCGGGAGUGACGGUGACGAUCACUCGAUCUCGUCCAGCUCAACGACGACGCUAACCUCGCUUACCACGCUCACCAGCAGCAACAGUAGCAGCAGCGUAGGAAGUGGCCGAGGUGACAGCAGUACCCAUCUUACGACGCUCACGAGUAGCAGCGCGGUUUCGCCACUGCUUUCAUCCUGCGCUUCGGCCAUGCAACACUACAGCACGCUUCAGCAGCAGCACCACCUGCAUGCCUUCCAACAUCACCAGCUGCAUCAACACCACCAGCAUCCGGUGGCCGCAGCAGCAGGAAGCGGAAACCUUACUGGAACGACGGGAUCGAAUGGCAGCAGCGGGAUAAGCGCCACCAGCGGCAGCUCGAGCUGCUGGGAGUUUGCCUACCUCGACAUGGAUCUCGGGACGACGCACGAGCUGUACGAUAUGUUUCCGAGCUGCUACAAGAUCACCUCGUUCAACUCCGGCGACCACGUCGACAUGCUGGGCCUCAAGGGACCGAUGCUGGAAGGUCCCAGCAAGGUCGUGUGCGGCGACAACGAGAUGGACUCGUUCACGACGCACAUCAUGGUCGGCAGUUAGUAUUAAACCGCCGCACGACACGCGGAUCCCGCUGACUUGGAUUGAAUUGUCGUCGUCGUCGUCUUGAUUGUUGUUGAUGCUGAUCCAAUCUGCCGGAUCGAUCGAACGGAGAUGGCUGUGCGUUUGUUGUGUGCUUACUAGACGUUACUAAAAGAAAACAAACAGACGGGUGAGAAGGGGUAGUAGUUUACAAAGUACUUCCAAGUGCAGCAGCGGGUGUGGUGAUAUCGCACCAACCCGGAAUGGGUUUGUGGUUCCUUACGGCAAGUUAGUUUCUUAAGUGGGCCGCACCGGAGAACACCCGUGUCCCCCCUCCCCGGGUUUACGGUGUGUUUCUCCGUACGGCACCUUCCUUUAACGGUGCAGCUGGAUUUGAAUCAAGCUUGUUUUACCUUCUUUUUUUCUGUUGAUCAGGGAUUAAAGAUAGAUGUUUUUGUUUUAAACCUUAAACGGGGUAAUUUACAGCAAGUAUAAAACGGAAGGGAAUCAAUUUCAAUCGGAAAAUAGUAACACAAGGCAAAGCAGCAGUAUUCUGGAGCAAUCAUUGUGCCAUAGAGCAGCAGACACUCACUCAGCAAACCAUGAAAACUAUCCUUCGUUCCGGGUCCGAAUUUCUAUCUCCACUGCGGAUGCGCGGUUAUCACAAUCACAAGAUGAAAACAAAAAAGAACGAUACUGUAGGUCAAUUCCACGUGCGUAUUUCCAAAACACUUUAAUAACUCAAACGUCCCUCAAACUGAACGAAAUGGAAAUAAAUCAAAUCUAGUCCUCGAUGUUCGAGAGGUGUGGUACAAAGCGCGAAACGUUACAAGAAAACCGUUCAUAUUUUGUCAAAACACGGCGUCCGUCGCCAGUUUUGUAAUGUGCUUUGCCAGAGGUGAAGCGCAGGAGCAACGAAGAGCAUAAUCGGUCAAUUGGGCAGUGGAAUUGUAGUUUGUACGUUUUUUGUAGGCCAGAACGCAGGGAUUCCCUAUUUAGUUUUCUUGGUUUAUCGACUGACGCUAGGCACAACUGGAAAGCAAUGAGUUUACUUUUAACAUAUAACAUACGGCAACGUAAGACUAGCAGAACAAAUCGCAACCCUUAGAUGGGGGAGGUUUCGGAUCAAAUCGGAAGUACCCACGCUACUUGGAAACAAUCGAAGCGAUGUAUUAUAUGGAGGGUAGAAAAACGAACAGAGCGAGAUUAUAUUAUUAUAAAGGUGUAGACACAUGCAACUUUGGUAAGUUCAAAUUGAGCGUAGUUGAAAUUUGUGCAAAAUAAGUAAAAGCGAGAAGCAGAUCGAUUUGAUGUAAAAAGCAAUUGUUGUCAGUAGAACAAAAUCACACUCACAUACACGAAUAAUAAGGAGUCCUCUGGAAAGCGGAGCAACAGAAUCAAUUGAAGAACUUUAAGAGGGGUACAGUGUGUCUGUGUGAGUUGCUAACGAUAAUGGCAGAAAUUAGAGUGUUUUAACAAAACAGUUACAUUAACUUCUAUUGUGUACAGUUAAGCUAGACGUUAGGCUAAAUUUAGCGUACGGCAAAAAGAGCAAACAAGAGUAAUUUAUUGAUCCCUUCGUAUAUAUAAAUAUAUAUACAGAACAUAUAUUAAAAAAUAUAUAUACAAAUAUACCACGAUAAGCUGUACAUAUAGGGCAAAAUGAACAACUGUGGGGGUAAAACUUAGCGUUAAAAUAAUGGCGAGGCUGUUAUGAAAGGCAGUCUACCGUACGUCAUCGAACCGCGACACGCGGCACCGAUCGUAAUAGCGAAAAGAGCAAACGAAACAGUGGUGAGCGAGUAAUAAAAUGAA